AUGGAUAUUGGUGGCCUGACAACAGUGGUGGCCAACUCUGCUUACAUCUCAGCCCGUGGGAGCGUCGAUGGCACUGCCAACCCGGCAUCUAACCGAGACAAGAAGUACCACGCUCGCUUGAAGCUGCCUCACAUCACAGUGUGUGAGGGUCUGAGAGAGACUUUAGACCUGGGCUUCCAGACAGUAUGUGUGGAGCAGCCCAUCGGAAAACGUCUUUUCCAGGAGUUCCUGGACUCCAACAAUGAGUACAAAGGCCCCUGCCGCCUGUGGAAGGAUAUUGACGAAUACAACAAUGCAGAGGAUGAAGAUAGAGUCAAGAAAGCGAGCAAGAUCUUGUCCCGUUACAUGGAGCCUGGUGCCAAGUAUUACUGCCCCUUUCUGCCAGAAAAUGGCAUCACCAAUGUCAAAGAGAAACACCAUGAAGCCGGGGACGAUCUUUUCAGUGAGACCAUGGACAGCGUGAUGGACUUUCUCAAGGAAGUGCCCUACACUUUCUUCCUGGAGAGUAUGUAUCUGAAGAGGUUCCUGCAGUGGAAGUGGCUGGAGAUGCAACCUAUGGGAGAGGACUGGUUCUUGGAUUUUCGUGUUUUAGGCAAAGGGGGUUUUGGGGAAGUGUCUGCCUGUCAGACAAAGGCCACGGGGAAACUGUACGCCUGCAAAAAGCUCAACAAGAAAAGGCUGAAGAAGAGAAAAGGCAACGAGGGGGCGAUGGUGGAGAAAAGGAUCCUGGCUCGAGUUCACAGCAGGUUCAUUGUGUCUUUGGCUUACGCCUUCCAGUCGAAAACAGAGCUAUGUCUGGUCAUGACCAUCAUGAAUGGAGGAGAUCUAAGAUAUCACAUCUAUAAUGUUGAUGAGAACAACCCAGGCUUUGACGAGCCGCGGGCCUGUUACUACACUGCUCAGAUCAUCCAGGGUAUGGAGCACCUCCACCAGAAAAGGAUCAUCUACAGAGACCUCAAACCAGAGAAUGUGCUGCUGGAUAAUCAAGGUAACGUCCGUAUCUCUGACCUUGGCUUGGCUGUGGAGCUGGCUGACGAUCAGUUCAAAAUCAAGGGCUAUGCAGGGACUCCAGGCUUCAUGGCUCCAGAGCUGCUGAAAGGAGAAGAGUAUGACUACUCUGUGGAUUAUUUCACUCUGGGCGUCACUCUGUAUGAGUUUCUGGCUGCCAAGGGGCCCUUCAGGACCCGAGGAGAGAAGGUGGAGAACAAGGUGGUGAAGAAGCGGAUCUUGAACGAUCCAGUAAUUUAUCCAGAGAAAUUUAGUGAGAACGCCCGGUCCAUCUGCGAGGGUCUGUUGAGCAAAGAGAUCGACAAGAGGCUCGGCUUCAAGGACGGCUCAUGUGACGAGCUGAGGGCGCAUUCUUUCUUCAGCGAGAUCAACUGGAGGAAACUGAAUGCAGGGAUUCUUCCUCCCCCUUUUGUGCCAGACUCCAAGACAGUGUAUGCCAAAGACAUCGAUGACGUCGGGGCCUUCUCCACAGUAAAAGGCGUGCAGCUGGAAGACAAGGACAUGGACUUUUUUGAAGAGUUUGCUUCAGGAAACAUCUCUAUCCCGUGGCAGGAGGAGAUGAUCGAGAUGGGGAUCUAUGGAGAGCUCACAGUCUGGGGUCCGGGCGGCACUUUGCCCAACGACCUGCGACGUGAAUCCAUCCUGGAGCAGCCGCCCAAAUCCUCCACCUGCACACUGUCAUAAGAGGCCGCGAUGACCGUGGCGUGACACUUCUGCUGCUAAUGCAUGAUUUUUUUUUUACAAGAACUGUUAUUUCUUGAGCACAUUUUGUACAAGAGGUCAGCACCUCUAGUGGUGGAUUGGAAAGGGAAUGAUUUUUUUUUUUUUUUCACCAGCAGUGCAACUCUAAAGAGAUAUUUACAGUAUUUUCUGCACUUUUCGUCCAGUUGUUUUGCUGCAAUGCUAGCCAGAGCUUCACAGCUCAGGUAUUUAAUUUUUCACAUCUGACAAAUGCUUUUAAAGCAUGUGUUAUACUUACACUGUUUAAUUUAGUGUACACUUUUGUCUGUGUAAAAGAACUGCACAAAAAAAUAGAAUUUAUAUUUCCUACCAACCAGGUUUCAUUUGCCUGACAUGUAAGUGCACAGCUGCUGUCUCUCUGCACCUCUAACAUACACUUUAAUAAACAAAUGCUGGAAACAACACACGCACAUAUAUGCACACGCGUAUGAAUAUAUGUGCUACGCGUGAUUUUUUUCUGUUUUCACUUUUUAGCUUUGUUUUUUAAGUUUCCCAGCUUCAGAUGUGUAAAUAAGCCACUGCUGUACAGAUGUUUAUGAAUUGAAAUAAAUAUUUUAUUCCAAGUUUA